AUAAAGAUUGUUUUUUACGAUAAUUUAUCUUCUAUUUUUGCCCACAUCAGUUACAUAUCCCCCCCCCCCACUCAGAUUGGAAUCUGUACAGUAUGGAUCAUGGGACCUUGAAGACAUUGGUCACUCAAACUAACAUAACCACACACACAUAUACACACUUACACUCACACAUAAACAGUCUGUCACACUAAGUCAAACACUCACACAAACAAAUGUACUCUGCCAGCCUGACACAUUAACACAUACAGUAGUUUCUACUUUGUCACUGUCAAUUGCAGAUGGUGUCCUCUGAUGUCCUCCAUAGAAAAGCCUAAAUAGAGUGUGAGAUGUGUCAACUUACAUCUCUGAUUUCUCCAUGUUUAACUGGAUGAGGAUGACCUGCCAGCAGAACGCCAGUCACAUGGUCCUUAUUUACUGUAGGAACCCCUCAUCUCAGCAGAAACAGUGCAAGAGAAAUGCUGACAGCCCACUAAACUAUGGCUGGUGUAUUGAUGCUGCUGAGAUGAGAUGAGGGACAGAUUUUAAUGUUUCCCAGAGUCACAGAGCAGGCUUGGGAUCUGUUUAGAUCACAGCCAGUGAGGCUGAGAUGACAUAAUCCUGGGUCAGUUUAUACUCUGACAAUUAAAACCCCUCUGUAUAUCCAGCAGCAGGUCUAUCUGACCCAGGCAGGAAGUGUCAAGAGUGUGAAAUUCUCUGUGUUCUAGAAUGAGGAACUGUACUAUGUCACUGUGACCAGAUACCCUGUUGUAGCCAUGGCGACCCAGAUGUACUGUAGAGCAUACAAAAGCUAAGGAUUAGCAUGAUAACAACCGCAACAAACAUCAAAGAUAUGUAACAGUUCUCUAACAAAGAAGACAAUAAGAACCAUAAGAAGAUUAUAACAGUAGAGCAGUCAUGUUCUGUUUGGUGAAUCAGAGCAGAGUGGACAUAUUCGAUGUAGACAUGUCGUACAUAUGUGGAAAAGUACUUGAGCACCCCUUUAAAAUGACUGGAAUUUCUACCUCAACUUCCUAUUCAAUGGGGGGCAUGGUCAGUGUGUGUGUGUGUGUGUGUGUGUGUGUGUGCGUGUGUGUGUGUGAAUGAGGAACUAUCUGGGGUUUAUAAAUCCUUGGUUGGACGUCUGUGGAUCACCAUUGGAGUGCCUCAGGGAUUCCAGCAGCUUCAUCUCUUCCUCAGAACAACCCAACAGUCUCUUCCACUCUUCCUCCAUUCACCACCUCGCCCCACCCCUGUCUACAUAGCGGUGUCAGGACCUGUUACUGCCACUUCACCAUGAGUAUUUGUGCCAAUACCGUGCUGGUGCCCACCGUGACCCAUGCUGGGCGUUACAGCACACCACGUCCCCGCUGUAAUGCUGAGUUCCACCACAUGCAGGAGUUUGUACCCUUUGGUGGCAAGGAAGGAGAAGAGGAUCCUACACUAGUUUCAGAUGACAUUUCCAGCCUCAACGUGGUCACAGUGGACAUGUUGCAGCAGAGCAACAAGGUGGAGCACCACACCGCCAGGUACGAUUCCCCCCAGCUCAUCAUACGCAGGGGACAGGAGUUCUUCGUAUCCGUGACCUUCAAUCGACCCCUGAGCCCCACCGAUAAGUUCCAGCUGGAGUUCAUGAUUGGUGCCAACCCCACAGUCAGUAAAGAAUCCAUGAUUGUGGUGCCAUUUUACGGCAGCCCCGGGGGGUCAUGGACAGGUCGGAGGGUGAAUAAGCAAGGUGCCAUGGUGACACUGGGCAUCACUCCAAAUCCAAAAGCGCUGGUCGGAAAGUUCCAGAGCUGCGUGGCCAUCUUGAUCCCCAGUGGAAUCAUCCGGACCAAACGGGACCCCAGCACUGACCUCUACCUGCUGUUCAACGCCUGGUGCCCUGAUGAUGAAGUGUUUCUAAACAACGAUACAGACAGGAAUGAGUAUGUGCUGAAUGAUUAUGGAGUCUUAUACAUGGGAAAUGUUGAUGCUGUGUCUCACAGAAUGUGGCUCUAUGGUCAGUUUGAGCGUGGAGUGCUGGAUGCCUGCAUCUACAUCCUGGAUGCAUGUAAUAUGCCUAUUGACAACAGAGGCAGCAGCAUCUACAUCACCAGGCAGGCCUCGGCCAUGAUUAACUCAGAGGAUGAUGAUGGGGUAAUAGUUGGACGAUGGGACGAAGACUACUCUCUGGGCACGGCUCCUGAUCUGUGGACAGGCAGCACACAGAUUCUGCUGAAGUACGCCAGCACGCGCACACCUGUCCGUUACGGGCAGUGCUGGGUCUUUGCAGGAGUGUUCAACAGCUUCCUGCGCUGUCUGGGAAUUCCAUCCAGGGUUGUUACAAACUACGGCUCUGCCCACGACAAUGAUGGCAAAAUAAAGAUUGACAUCAUCUUCCUCCCAAAUGGAGAACGUGACAAAGUCACAGACUCCAUCUGGAACUACCAUUGCUGGAAUGAGGCGUACAUGAGCAGGAGUGAUCUGCCUGCAGGUCUAGGAGGCUGGCAGGUAGUGGACGCCACUCCACAGGAGACAGGCAGUGGAUAUUAUUGUUGUGGGCCAGCAUCAGUCAAGGCCGUCAAGGAGGGUCAGGUCUCUUAUCCCUUCGACAUGAAGUUUGUCUUCGCUGAGGUUGCCAGUUAUGUGGUGUUCCAAAAGCGUGACGAAUAUGGAGUUUUGACCCCCUUCCACACAGACAAAACCUGUGUGGGAAAGUUGGUCCUCACCAAGUCUGUGGACAGUGAUGAGCCAGCUGACAUCACAAAUACAUACAAGUACCCUGUUGCAGAGGAGAUUCGAGGUUUUAAAACUGCGGGUGCAAAGGUAGGCAUCAGUAAUGAUGAACCCACCAGUGUUCUGGGAGAGGACUUGGAGAGCGACAACCCUGAGCUUCCAGGAACCACAGUGACAGCGUCCAUCCUGGUCAACCAAGUCCAGCUGGAGCAGGACUUCACCUUGGUUAUUGAGUUUACCAACCUGGGGGGGGUCGAGCUCAAGAUACAGGCCAACCUGUCUGGCAGCGUGGCCUUUUAUACUGGAGUGCCGUCAGAAAAGUUUAAAGACGAAAACGUAGACGUCACCGUCAGUCCAUACACAACUGAGCGUGUCUUGGUGAAUGUGUUGGCGGUGGAGUACAUGCCCAACAUCAACUUUCAGUCCAACCUCUACUUCACUUUGGUGGGACACACAACCGACAACCAGGACUUCGCUACUGUGAAGGUCCUCACUCUGCAGGUCCCUACUCUCAGCAUUGAGGUGAGCGAACCCCCCCAUCUGGGUCAGGUAACGUAUGUCACGGUCAGCUUCACCAAUCCCUUCACCUUCUCUCUGGACGACGUCUCCAUCAGCUGUGAGGGAUCUGGCCUCCUGGACUUCAAAAUCAAGCAGUACAGUGUGAUCGCUCCCAACGACACUAUCACCUGGGUCGAGUCGUGCUGUCCGAAGCGAACAGGGAAAAGUCGCCUCUGCGCCUUUCUGGACUGCAACAAGCUCAGACGUGUCAGCGGGAUCCUGGACGUUCUCAUCCUACCCUGAUUGGCUUGGCAGGAGAAGACCCGCCUACUUGCCCCUUUACCCCCUUUACCGGUCCUUCACCAAUCAACAGAGAGCAAGGAAUGCGAAGCCCAAGUAGCGCAUGUUUUUUUUGUUGUAUUCUAUUUCCUUGGAAUGGCUCCUGCACUUUUAAUCCGCAAAAUAACUAAUUUCAAGUCACAUGUUCCCCAUUCAAAUUUAAAUUAACCUGUGGAGGCUAUAUUGAAAACUACUUUCAGGUUUUGAAAAAUGAUCUGUCUUUGAAAACAAUGCAAACCAAAUAUUUUAGCUUCAUAAAAUCAUGAUCAUUUCAUUACCUAUCUGAUCAAAUGCUUCUCCUAUUAUUCUAUUUUAGAUCUUAUGAAUCUGAGUUUGAAAACAUUUUAAGAGAAAUGGCAAGAUCUGUCAAAACCAGUAGAAACCUUGGUCUCUUACAUAAUCAUUUUCUUUAUCUUCUGUUUUGUUUCUAUUAUUAAUAUUUGUUUUAGUAAAAGCUUUGCUCAGCCAAUUAUGAUCAAUAAAGCAUUCAUAAAAUCAUGA